GUGCAGCCUUCCGACAGCCUGAUAGCAGCAGCAGGACUGCGGUCAUAAACAAACACACGCAGCGGAGUCCUUACCGUCUGCGGAGCCGCGGAGUAGCACCGGCUGACUUUCAGGGAGGCUGACCUUCUUCUCCCGGACCCGAGCUUGGAUGUCCACACCGGGCUGAAGCUCCAGGACUUUACCGGAACCGCUCCCAGGAUAUUUUCGGUCCCCUUCUCCAUCGGACUCGGCUUAACGUCCCGGCGGCGGAACGAGCGCGACAUGACGGAGCUGAGGAAGCGAGGCGGCGGCGGCGGAGACCCGGACAGCACCGACAACAUCAGCGACAAGGAGGCCGACGGCGACGACAGGCUCGGCCUAUCGGGCGACGCAGACGGAGAUUGUGACGGCGACCCCAAAGCAGACACUCCAGAUGUUCCCCUGUCCACAGCAGACACUGACAACACUCCACAAUGCCUGAACAAAGCUCUGGAGGGGCUGCCGCCAAGAUGGAAGAACUACUGGAUACGAGGAGUUUUGUCUUUAGCCAUGAUUUCUGGCUUCUUCCUCAUCAUCUAUAUGGGACCUGUCACUCUAAUAUUAGUGGUCAUGACCGUGCAGAUUAAGUGCUUCCAGGAAAUCAUCACCAUCGGCUACAGAGUUUACCAUUCCUACGACCUGCCGUGGUUCAGGACGCUAAGUUGGUAUUUCCUGAUUUGUGUUAACUACUUCUUCUACGGUGAAACCGUGGCGGACUACUUCGGAGCUCUGGUGCAGAGGGAGGAACCCCUGCAGUUCCUGGCCCGCUAUCACCGCUUCAUCUCCUUCGCCUUGUACCUGGCAGGUUUCUGCAUGUUUGUGCUGAGUUUAGUGAAGAAACAUUACCGCCUGCAGUUUUAUAUGUUUGCUUGGACCCAUGUGACCCUGUUGAUUGUGGUAACUCAGUCCCACCUUGUCAUUCAGAACCUGUUUGAAGGGAUGAUCUGGUUCAUUGUUCCCAUCUCCAUUGUGAUCUGCAACGACAUCAUGGCCUAUCUGUUUGGGUUCUUCUUUGGCAGGACUCCACUCAUCAAGCUUUCACCCAAGAAGACCUGGGAGGGCUUCAUCGGCGGUUUCUUCUCCACCGUGGUCUUUGGCUUCAUUCUGGCCUACCUCCUGUCUCAGUUCCAGUACUGUGUGUGUCCGGUGGGGUUCAACAGCGAGACCAACGGCUUCACGGUCGAAUGCGAGCCGUCUGAAAUCUUUGUGAUGCAGGAAUACACUCUUCCUGCUGUGGUGCAAAACACACUGAGAUGGAAAACGGUGAACCUCUACCCGUUCCAGAUCCACAGCAUCUUCCUCUCGUCCUUCGCGUCUCUCAUCGGGCCGUUUGGAGGUUUCUUCGCCAGCGGCUUCAAGCGAGCCUUUAAAAUCAAAGAUUUUGCCAGCACCAUCCCGGGUCACGGCGGCAUCAUGGACCGAUUCGACUGUCAGUACCUGAUGGCAACGUUCACGCACGUCUACAUAGCCAGCUUCAUCAGAGGACCGAACCCCAGCAAAGUUCUGCAGCAGCUUCUGAUGCUUCAGCCCGAGCAGCAGCUCAGCAUCUUCCACACUCUGCACUCCCACCUGAGAGACCGAGGGAUGCUGCCUCCCGCCGCCGCCCAGGCCAAGUGAGGCCCCGCCGGCUUCACGGGACGACGGCGACCGGAGAGUGUGAGAGGUGGUUUUGAAAGUUUGUGUAAGCAUGUACACACACACACACACACACACAGACGCACACUGCAGCAUGGCCGUACGCUGCGUGAUCCCAGGCCUCCUUCAGAGCAUCCAUCCUCAUCCUUAUUCAACUUCCAACCAGCUUCAAAAUCACCACUUUGGACCUGAGGGGGAAAAAAGAAGAAGAAAAAACAAAAAAACAAGCACCACAAAAUGAACACGUGAAGCUGCAACGAUCCCCAUCCUAAAAACUGAAGACAAGUGAACAGAAGUGACUCUAAAGCACACGGCUUCCUCAGCAGGCGGACGGUGGAUGUGCAGCUUCACCGUGGACGGCAAAUAUUGCACUGACUUUAGCUGAAAAGAGAAAAAAAACGACACAUUUAAGACGCUUCUACCAGCAUAAACUGGGCCCAGAGCGUUUGGGCACGUGGACCUGAGCUACGGCAGACUGACUGUGGAGAGCCGUCUCCUGGUUUGGUGACGUGAUGAUGCUCCACUCUGUUUUCUAGACUUAACCUCACAGCUUAACUGAACAUGUAGCAUGAGCGCGAGUCCUGUCUGCAGCUAACCGAAGCCAUGUUUAUCCUCCACCUCCACCAUCAGCUUUUAGGGGUUUAAAAUCAAAGUAACUCGCACAAUAUUAGCCGACGCCGACCGACUGUAGGCAUGCUAACGCAGAGAGUAGAGCGUCGUCUGCGCACUCGACACUUGAAUUAAUGUAUUGUACAUAAAUAUAUAUUGAGAGUAUUUAGCUGAACAAAUAACUAAUAUAUAACCACUUACGUGACCUGCUGCGGAAAACAAAACAAACAAACGAAAAAAAACACUUUUAAGCUAUGAGAAAUGAUAUGCAAAAAAACAAAAAGAUCAUUUGUAGCCUUUAGCAUGAGCAGAUUAGAUUUUUAACGGGUAGCGAUGUACAUUUGAUCUGAGGGUGCUGCUUAUUUUAGAGGGUGUUCUGGGUGACGUUUUAUUAGAGAUUGUAAAAAGAGAGAGAGAGAAUUUAAAGGAACAAGUGUUGGAAAUGAGGUAGAUGAGAUAAAUACCGCUCUCAUGUUUGCAUGUGAUGCACAGAGAUGACGUUGGCUCAGUAUAAAGACAAAAAGCAGAGGAAAGUAGCUGGAAUAAGUCCUAAAAAACGGUUUAAAAUCUACCUGUAAAGCUCAUAUGAUGACAUGGAUGCUGCACUGGAAUGUAAAUAACCGCUAUUUACAUUUUCUAACUUGGUGUCUUCCAUCUUCUCUGAUCUUUAUGUGCUUGAGUGUUCUUGAUUUUCCUUAAAAUUUUAAUUAUUUUUGAUUUGUCUGUUUAUUUUUGGCUGUAAAAUGUCAAAAAAUGCGAGUCCAAGCUACUCAAAUUCAGUUUCUAUCGAUAUAAAGCAAAGAAAACCGGCAAAUCUGCGCCCUAAAGAAGCUGAAAUCACUGAAUAAUUCAAGCUAUCACUAUCUAACACUCUUUAUUGGCAACUUUCACACCUUUCUAUUUAAAUUUAAUCACUUAAAUGCACCAAUUAGUCAAUUAUUAUAAUUAAAACACACGUUAUUCCAUUUGGUACUGGAUGUCUAAAGUGUCUCUAUAGAAAACAAUUGACUUUUAUUCUUAGUUUUCUUUGUAAAAUCAGGAAAUCGGCCAACUUCUAUGGCUCUACGUUCUGUACAUCUCUAGGAAACACGGCCAAAUCCAUCCGACAUGAAAGAAUAAUGCAACUUUGAUGACUGAAAAUAAAUUCUCUGCAAGUUUCUGUCAUGGAUUUGGAGUUAGCAAGCAACUGGUUCCGUUUCCAGCUCCUCCUGCUCCGUUUGUUUGACAACACUAAAGCAGUUAUUCAUCUUAAACGAGCUUAAUUAGCAUUUUUCUUUACAUCUUUUUAGAAUAUUAUUUCAAAAGCUGCUUCAAAAUCACUUGAUGAUUACUGUAUAUGGAAACGUGGCAUGUGUGGAUAGUUGGUAAAAAACGAAGACAAAAACACACUAAAGUCUGUUAUCACAAUGUUUAGAUCAGCUGCUGGCGAGCAAGAAUUUCCUCCUUAAACUUCUGAAAGCAAAAGUCCAUCCAUGAUAAAAUAACGUGACCACACCUAAAGUCAGUGUUUCAGAGUUUUUAAGGGUUGAUUCAGGUGGCAUAAACUAAAUUAUCUCCACAAAUCUUUGAGAAUCCACAUCCAAAUUUGCGUUUUGUUUUUUCAAAAUUCACACAAAUGUCUGUAAACACGGUUGAUGAGAGCACGCGUGGUUGGAAAUAAUUAUCCUUCUGAGCACAUAAGUAGUUGGUUAAACCACGUCUAAACUUGCAAACUGCGCGUCUCUGUUUUCGUUUACAGAUUAAACAAACUAAAUACGUGUUAAUCUAUGAGCUUUACAGGUAAAAUUCAGGCUAAACGUGCUAAAAUGAGAGUGGUUUUUAUUUUACUCUUGUAAGAAAGAAGGAACAAAGAGGAUCACAUUUCCAAAAACCAACAGGCAGUGCUUCCUUUCUCGAUUUAACCAAUGACUUUAGCUGCACUGUUAUCGGGUUCUUCCUGAGGACUCUUAGACGUCAAGUCACUGUUAAAUGAUUAAGUUCUGAAUGUAGUUCGAUGACAGUCUUUUACUGUAUUUACACACAACUUUAAGGGGAGAAAAACUCUCCCGACGGGAGGUUUUGAGAGCAAUAUCGCAUCUUACAGCGGAGAAUUUUAAAUCUGCCGGCUUGUCUGACGAAUCGGACGAUUGUUACGAGGCCGCGACGAGAUUCUCCGAUCUGUUCAGCGAGGAAUGUUUACCAAAGCUCUGUCCGAUCAACGCUGAUUUCCUCCUGAGAAACUGCCAAACUUCCUCUGUUUGUUUUAAAAAAGGAAAAAAACACACAGAACGGAGUGAAAGUUUGGAGCCGGGUUGCAGACUGAACACCUCCAGUCACAUCAUCCAGCUGUUGGUGGGAGGAUCAUUUAAUUUAUUUUUGUCCAGUUUCUUCUAUUUAAACGUGUGUUUUAGCUUGUUUUUCGCUGGGGGGGAUUUUCGGGACCAGCCGACUGUAAGAAUCCAGCUAAACCCUGAUCACUAAUAAAAUGCACACUAAAACGCUUCACAGGUUUUCUCUAUGCAGCUGUCCAGCAUUAUUACUGAAGAAUAGGAAUUAAAACGAAGCAAUCUGACCAAAAACGGGAAUCAAAAAUCAAAGCCAAAUCAUUUAAACUGGUUAAAACUGUUCUCGCUGGAGUUUGAAGUGUACCGGGAAUAAUUAAACACUAAAAUGAUACAGUUUAUACUCAAACAUGGAGAAAAGGAUUAUUUACUUUUUUUGUGUGUGUUAAAUUAAUAACUAGAGGUCUAAAGUGUCUAACAAAGACUUGAGUAUGACUUUCAGUGCUGAGUUUCCAUUUUAAAAUCCUUUAAAUUUAAAUUAUUUUGGCAUUAUUGGCUGUAAAAUGUCAGAAAAGGCGAGUCCAAGCAAUUUAAAUUCAGUUUAAAGCAAAAGAAGCAAAGAAAAACAGCAAAUCUUCACACUUGAGAAGCUGAAAUCAGUAAAUAAUUUGAAAUAUUUAACAAAAUGUAACUCUGAAUUGGCAACUUUCAUUUUUCUGAGUAAAUUUAAUCACUUACAUGCAUCAGUUAAUCAAUAAUUAUUAUUCAGACACGAUUCCAUGGGUACUAAAUGUCUAAAGUGUCUAUUUUAAAAAUGGCUUUUAUUCUUGAUUUUCUAUUUAAAGAACCCUCGAAUUUCAAAGAUUUUUGAUUCUUCUGGGGGGUUUUCUGUUUAAAUUUCAGAACAUUUUUAGUCCAAACCCAAAAUAAUUCAGUUUAUGUCGAAGAAAGCAAAGAAAGUCAGCAAAUCUUAACACUUGAGAAGCUGAAAUCACUCAAUAAUUCAAAUCAUCAGUAUUUAACUCUCCUAAUUGGCAACUUUCACACCUUUCUAUUUAAAUUCAAUCACUUAAAUGCACUAAUUAGCCAAUUAUCUUACCGAAAACAGGGAUUAUUCCAUCGGUACGCUCAAGAUUUCAGUUGUAGUUCACAUUAGAUCUAAGUUAUUACAUGUGCAAUUUUAUAUUUUUACCCAAGUUAUAAAGAUGAAACGCAUAAAUGUGAAUACAGGAGAGAAAACAGGUAGAUUUUAGCGGCCCAGGUGUCUUUUUAAUUUAUCAUCUUGUGUAUAUUUUGUUUGAUUUGCUUUGAGCAGAACUGUUUUCUAAUGAGAACCUUUUAGCUUUUUUUUUGGAGUGAAUAAGAUUAAAGAUGAAGCUGUUAAUAUUAGGGGCAAAAACCAAGUAAUGUAUGAAACAUACGGACAUGUGGGUGGGGAAACGGUGGAGAUGUUUAUUGUACGGAGGUGAAUAAAGUUUGUUUUUUCUUUAAA